AUGUCGGCUGUGACGAUGACAACUACGCUCACUAAAUGCCAUUAUAAUGGAAAAUUAGAGACGCUGGAGACGAGCUUGAACGGAUAUAGGAAAAAUGGAUACACGAAACCCGAGCCGGUCGAAGUGUCUUCGCUGCGGCUCGCGGCGCCGUUUAGCACGGACCCGAUGGCGGUGGCCGAGCGCGAGAGGUGCGCGUACGGGCGCAUCCCUCGGGCGGCCGCGCUGAUGGGCACCGCGCCGCGCCGCGUGCGUGUCUACUCGGACGGCAUCUACGACAUGUUCCACCAGGGCCACGCGCGGCAGCUGCAGCAGGCGAAGAACGUGUUCCCCAACGUGUACCUAAUAGUCGGAGUAUGCAACGACAAACUAACGCACAGUCGAAAAGGGCGGACAGUGAUGACCGAGGACGAGAGGUACGAAGCCGUCCGACAUUGCAGAUACGUGGAUGAGGUCGUGAGGGAUGCGCCUUGGGAGUACGACGAGGAGUUCCUCGAGAAGCACAAGAUCGACUUCGUUGCCCACGACGACAUCCCGUACACUACCGAGGACUGCGAGGAUACCUACGCGAUGAUCAAGGCCAAGGACAUGUUCGUCGCCACCGAGAGGACGGAAGGCGUUUCCACAUCGGACAUUGUUGCGCGGAUCGUGCGCGACUACGACAUAUACGUGCGUCGGAAUCUAGCGCGUGGCUACUCGGCCAAGGAGCUUAACGUGUCCUUCCUCAACGAGAAGAAGUUCCGUCUCCAGAACAAGAUGGACGAGCUCAAGGACAAGGGAAAGAAGGUGAUGACGAACAUCGGCGAGAAGCGGGUGGACAUCCUCGCCAAGUGGGAGGAGAAGUCGCGCGAGCUGAUCGACGCGUUCCUGCUGCUGUUCGGGCCCGACGGGCGGCUGUCGAGCAUCUGGAACGAGUCGAAGGGGCGGCUGAUGCAGGCGCUCAGCCAGCCGCCGUCGCCGCGCUCCUCGCCGCCGCCCAGCGAGAACGGCGACUCUAUGGACCACAGGAGGUCGGUGUCGCCGCCGCCGCCAAAGUCGCGACGCUACGAAACACUAUGGGAGCCGCAAGCAGAUGCAUCGAGCUCUGACGGUGUUGGGGACGCGGAAGAGGCCACACACCGCCAGCUGACCGACGACGGUUCCGACAGUGACGAUGACUACCAAGACACCAGCCAGUACCUA